AUGACUGCUACCUCUACCACCGCCCAUAUUGGCGGGAUUAAUAAGAGGGGCCAACCGCGUCGCAAGGUAAUCCUUGCUUCCACUGCCGACGACCCGGGUAUGGCAUCGAUCGCUGUAUACACCGCACUGAUAGUGCUCGAACGGCCAUCAGUGAUGAGUAAGUAUCUCAAAACCCUCCAUAGGCGGAUUCGACAGUUGGAAGAAGCAUGCUCGAAAGCCGGCAUUGCGGUGCCACCAGUGAGCACUCAGUGUGAAUCCAAGGACCCAGUGGUUUCCGAGAUCAACCCGGCGAUCACAGUCAAAACAGUUCCGUUAUCUCUUGAUGGUGCAGCGCAGACGGUGAAUGAGAGUCGUUAUGGAACCUCGCCAACAACCUCAACCUCUGGAAGUAGCUCGCUGCAGGGCUUCAACUCACCGUAG